AUGGCUGUGUACCGCGGCCUGGAGGGCCGGUUCCCGUGCCGAGCAUUCGUCACUGUGUCCAGGCCAUUUGACAUUAAAAGGGUUCUGAGGGACAUUCUACAGCAGGUUAUAGCUACUGGGAGUUCUUCGAUGGUGGAUCCGGAUCUGGUCAGCCAGCUCGUGGGCAAGGUUAGGGAGAACCUGCAGGGCAAGAGGUACUUGAUUGUUAUUGAUGACUUGUGGGAAACAUCAGCAUAG